AUGGUCAAUUCCGAUUCCGUAGAUCUUGGUAAUGGCUGGGCGCCUCUGUCUUUGAACAUGACGCUGAAAUAUACAAAAUCUAGUUGUGGUUCGACUGCUAUAUCACGUUUGAAUAGUAAUCUCCAGACUUCUCCGAAAAUUGUUGUGGCUCGAAGUCAACUUGAGGUACUUCGGGUCCUGAAAGAAGAAGGUUUAUCCGUGAUGAAUGCACAUGACAUCAAUACGUACGCUACAGCUCUAAUCAUGGCAGCAAAGAGAGGUCAUGUUAACCAUAUUCACUGUCUACUGGAUCGAGGUGUGAAUGUCAAUGUUCAAAACUUUGAGGGAUCCAGUGCGUUACACGUCGCUGCUAACGUUGGUCGGCUGGAAAUUGUCGAGCUAUUAUUAAAUGCUCGAGCUGCAGUUGAUCAGAAGGAUGUGAACUCGUGGACUCCAUUAAUGUGUGGAGUCCAGGAAGGACAUAUGGAUGUUGUGCAUGCUUUAAUAAGUCGACAUGCAUCACUCGAGUGGCAGAAUCAUAAGGGGGAAACGGCGUUGAAUAUUGCGGUGCAUUAUGAUCGAUUUGAAAUUGCUCAACUACUUCUAACUGUCGGUGCCAAUGUCAAUAUGGUAGACAAAGGAGGUCGAACCCUUUUAAUGAAUACCUCUCAAAAUGGACACCUUGUGUGGGUUAGAAUUCUACUCAAGAAUGGAGCGAGUUUGGACUUGAGGUGUAAGUCGGGACACACAGCAUUACAUUAUGCAGCAAUACAUGGCGAAUUGGAUAUCGUACGAACAUUGCUAAGGGCUGGUGCUGAUGUCAUGGCUCGCGAUCAUGUUCAUGGCUUCACACCGCUCAUGUGUGCAGCAGCAUUUGGCCACACUGCUAUUGUAAAAGAACUUCUUCCAUUGAGUUACCAGCAUGAUAUGGAUGCUAUUGAAAUACGAAGCAAAAAAGGAUAUACAGCAUUAUAUCUUGCUGCAUUAAAUCAACACCCAACGGUGUGUAAGCUAUUGUUGGAUAAAGGUGGAGCUGAAGUCGAUGCAGUGGGAUUGAAAAAUUACACACCACUCAUGGCUGCUGCAAAACGAGGGUUUCCAAACAUUCUUCAGGUGCUGCUCGGUCGUGGAGCUAAUGUUGAAGCCACGAAUCAAGAUGGCAAUCGGGCAUUAGAAAUUGCUGCUCGAAAUGGUCAUGUUGAGGUUGCUCGACUUUUAUUGGAAAAUGGUGCUUUUAUUGACGCACCAAAUCGCACUCGUGGAUACACUGCCUUAUCAACUGCUUCAUUGCGUGGUCACACGAACGUUGUAAAUCUGCUUUUAAGUCGUGGAGCUCAUGUCAAUGCACAGAGCUGCAUUAGAGAUACACCUCUUCUUCUUGCAGCGUCUCGAGGACGACUGCAAGUUGUACUUCUAUUGCUUGCUCAUGGUGCUUCACCAACCACACUAAAUGAUGUGGGGGAAACACCGUUGUCUUUGGCAAUUGCUGGAGGCUACACAGAAGUUGCAGCAGCGAUACGAAAUGCGACUAACAUCCGAAGGUUAGGCACUUACAAGAAGUAG